GUGCUUCUUCUCUCCCAGUUGCUAUUUUUCAUGCCUCUGUUCCCCGGUCUGUCUCCUUGAUUUAGGGUUUUCAGCGGGGUAGAAGUUCCGUACCCACGCAGAGUUGUAAUUUGGGAGACGCCUCUUUCUCGUGGUGGUCGUGAGGGGUCAUGGUCAUUGCACUGAUCUCUGAUUCAAAAGUCACUUCACAAAUCCGAAUCUAAGGUCCCCAAUGUGAUGACUUCUGUCACCAGUGAAUGGCUCGAUUUCGUUUUCUGCACCUGCAUUUCUUCGCUAUAUUCGUGUUCACGGUCGUAUUCUCGAGGCGGCGUGUCUGUGGCAAAUCCACGAGCAGCGAUUCGGACCCGGAUUUUGCAAUAACCGAUUUUGGUUGGAGCCUUUUUCAUCAGGAUUACUCUCCACCGGCUCCACCGCCGCCGCCGCCGCACCCACCAUCAGUCUCCUGCGUCGACGAUCUUGGUGGGAUAGGGUCUCUGGACACGACUUGCCGGAUUGUGAACGAUGUGAACCUCACCCGCGACGUGUACAUAGCUGGGAAGGGCAAUUUUUAUAUCCUACCCCGGGUGAAGUUUCAUUGUCCGAGUCCUGGCUGUAUGAUAACCGUUAAUGUUACUGGAAAUUUUAGUUUAGGUAAUAACUCGUCAAUCCUCACCGGAGGUUUUGAGUUGGUUGCACACAAUGCAACCUUCCUGAAUGGUUCGAUGGUCAACACGACGGCUAUGGCAGGGCAGCCUCCUCCGCAGACGAGUGGCACCCCUCAAGGUGUUGAUGGGGCGGGCGGGGGACAUGGCGGGAGGGGUGCGUGCUGUUUGGUGGACAAAACAAAGCUUCCGGAGGACGUCUGGGGUGGGGAUGCGUAUUCAUGGGCUUCACUUCAGGCCCCGGAAAGUUUUGGGAGCCGGGGUGGGUCAACAAGUAAAGAGGAAGAUUAUGGCGGGUUGGGUGGUGGGCGGGUGAAGAUGAUCGUUGAUAAAUUUCUUGAGAUGAAUGCCACUGUUUUGGCUGACGGGGGCGAUGGAGGGUCCAAAGGCGGAGGUGGCUCUGGAGGCAGUAUCUACAUCAAGGCUUACAGAAUGACUGGCAGUGGACUAAUAAGUGCUUGUGGAGGGAAAGGCUAUGCUGGCGGCGGCGGUGGCAGAGUUUCAGUUGAUGUUUUCAGUAGACAUGAUGGCCCCAAGAUUUAUGUUCACGGUGGUAGCAGCUCUGGCUGUCCUGAAAAUGCAGGUGCUGCUGGAACUUUAUAUGAUGCGGUUCCUCGGAGCCUCAUAGUUGAUAAUUAUAACAUGUCAACUGAUACAGAGACACUGCUCUUGGAUUUUCCUAACCGCCCUCUGUGGACUAAUGUUUAUGUGCGGAACAAGGCUAGGGCCACAGUUCCUUUGCUCUGGAGUCGUGUCCAGGUGCAAGGACAGAUAAGUCUCUUGCAGAAUGGAGUGUUGAGCUUUGGGCUGCGGCACUAUGCCUCAUCAGAGUUUGAAUUAUUGGCUGAAGAGCUGUUGAUGAGUGAUUCUGUGAUAAAGGUAUACGGAGCUCUACGCAUGUCUGUAAAAAUGUUCUUGAUGUGGAACUCAAAAUUACUCAUAGAUGGUGGGGGAGAUGUGACAGUUGCAACCUCGUUACUUGAGGCUAGUAAUUUGGUUGUUCUCAAGGAAGCUUCUGUGAUACAUUCUAAUGCAAACCUGGGAGUUCAUGGUCAAGGUCUACUUAAUUUGUCAGGUCCAGGGGAUUGGAUAGAAGCACAGCGUUUGGUUCUAUCCCUAUUUUACAGCAUUCAUGUUGGGCCUGGAUCUGUCCUGCGUGGUCCACUGGAGAAUGCAACAACAGAUGAUGUGACGCCAAAGCUCUAUUGUGACAGGGAAGAUUGCCCUCCUGAAUUACUUCAUCCUCCUGAAGAUUGCAAUGUUAACUCAUCCUUGUCAUUCACGCUUCAGAUCUGCCGAGUUGAGGACAUCAAUGUUCAAGGCCUUGUAAAAGGGUCUGUUGUUCAUUUCCAUAGAGCUCGGACUAUAAGUAUUGAGUCUUCUGGAACAAUAUCUGCCUCUGGAAUGGGUUGUGCAGGUGGUUUGGGCAGAGGAAGUCUGCUAAACAACAGCAUUGGCAGUGGUGGUGGGCAUGGUGGUAAAGGUGGGAAUGCAUGCUUUAAUGAUAGUUGCAUCGAGGGUGGCAUGCCAUAUGGGAGUGACAUCCUGCCUUGUGAACUUGGUAGUGGAAGCGGAAAUGAUAGCUCAGUUGGCACUACAGCUGGUGGUGGUAUCAUAGUCAUGGGGUCUUUAGAACAUCCGUUGUCAAGUUUGUCCAUUCAAGGUUCUGUAAGAGCUGAUGGAGACAGUUUCGAAGGAGCAAUCAGAAGAGAAAAAUUUAUUAUUUUUGAUAGUUUUGGUGGUCCUGGGGGUGGAUCUGGUGGAACUGUACUUCUGUUUCUCCAUACCUUGACUAUUGGGGAGUCAGCUAUUCUUUCUAGUAUGGGGGGAUAUAGCAGCUCUAAUGGAAGUGGUGGUGGAGGCGGUGGAAGAGUUCACUUUCAUUGGGUUGAUAUCCCUACUGGAGAUGUUUAUCAACCGAUUGCUAAUGUGGAAGGCAGCAUACAUACUGGGGGAGGGGAAGGUAGAGGUAAGGGUGGAUCCGGAGAAAAUGGGACAAUAACUGGGAAAGCUUGCCCCAAAGGUCUCUAUGGUACAUUUUGCCAGGAAUGUCCAGCUGGAACUUACAAAAAUGUUACUGGAUCUGAUCGAUCACUUUGUCGCCAUUGCCCUGUUAAUGAGCUGCCCCAUCGUGCUGUUUAUAUUUCAGUCCGAGGUGGUAUUGCUGAAACACCGUGCCCUUACAAAUGCAUUUCUGACAGAUAUCACAUGCCACACUGUUAUACAGCACUUGAAGAGUUAAUUUAUACCUUUGGUGGGCCUUGGUUGUUUGGUCUUUUUCUUAUUGGUCUCUUGAUACUAUUAGCACUGGUGCUUAGUGUGGCACGGAUGAAAUUUGUUGGGGUUGAUGAAUCACCAGGCCCUGCUCCCACCCAGCAUGGUUCUCAAAUAGAUCACUCCUUCCCAUUCCUCGAGUCACUAAAUGAGGUCCUGGAAACGAAUAGAGUUGAGGAGUCCCAGAGUCAUGUGCACAGAAUGUACUUUAUGGGACCUAAUACCUUUAGCGAACCUUGGUAUCUACCACAUACACCGCCUGAGCAAAUACAGGAGAUUGUAUAUGAGGGCGCAUUCAAUACAUUUGUGGAUGAGAUUAAUGCUAUAGCAGCAUAUCAGUGGUGGGAGGGAGCAGUUUAUAGCAUCCUCUCUGUCCUUGCAUAUCCACUUGCAUGGUCAUGGCAGCAAUGGCGCAGAAGGAUGAACCUGCAACGUCUACGUGAGUUUGUUCGAUCGGAGUAUGAUCAUGCUUGCCUUCGUUCUUGUCGUUCAAGAGCACUCUAUGAGGGGAUCAAGGUCGCUGCAACUUCUGACUUGAUGCUUGCAUAUGUGGACUUCUUUCUUGGUGGGGAUGAAAAAAGAACUGACCUCCCUCCUCGAUUACAUCAAAGAUUCCCAAUGUCGUUACUUUUUGGAGGUGAUGGAAGUUAUAUGGCUCCAUUCUCUCUUCACAAUGAUAAUAUCCUUACCAGCCUCAUGAGUCAGUCAGUUCCACCCACCACAUGGUAUCGAUUGGUUGCGGGAUUGAAUGCACAAUUGCGAUUAGUUCGCCGUGGAAGACUAAGAGUAACAUUUCGAUCUGUCCUCAGAUGGCUUGAGGCUCAUGCCAAUCCUGCAUUAAGAAUCCAUGGUGUACGGGUUGAUCUUGCCUGGUUUCAGGCUACAUCUAGUGGUUAUUGCCAAUAUGGACUUUUGGUUUAUGCACUUGAAGAAGGAACUAGCCCUGCACCCACUGAAGGAAGUAUUGAUGGAGCAGUAAGAGUUGAGGAAAUAUCAUGGGUUGGGAGUGUGAAGGAACAUUCUUCUGUCCAGCCAAGAAGAGCACUCUUGAGCUCAAGUGAAAUAAUUGAUAACAAUUAUACAAGGCGAAACACAAAUGGGACUGUUAUAGAUUCAAACAGUAUACAGAUGCUUGAAGAAAAGAGAGAGAUAUUUUAUCUUCUCUCUCUUAUUCUUCACAAUACAAAGCCUGUUGGACAUCAGGAUCUGGUUGGUUUGGUAAUUUCGAUGCUGCUGCUAGGAGAUUUUAGUUUAGUAUUGCUUACUUUGCUGCAGUUGUAUUCAAUUUCUUUGGUGGAUGUCUUCCUUGUUUUGUUUAUAUUGCCUUUUGGCAUUCUUCUUCCAUUUCCUGCUGGAAUUAAUGCCCUGUUCAGUCAUGGGCCAAGGCAUUCUGCAAGCCUUGCGCGUGUUUAUGCUCUGUGGAACCUGUCGUCCUUCAUAAAUGUUGUGGUUGCAUUUCUUUGCGGAUAUAUCCAUUACAACUCUCAAUCAUCCAGUAAGAAACAUCCCAGCUUUCAACCAUGGAGUAUUAGCAUGGACGAAAGUGAAUGGUGGAUAUUCCCAGCUGGACUGGUUUUGUGUAAAUUAUUCCAGUCUCAACUCGUUAAUUGGCAUGUUGCCAAUCUGGAGAUUCAAGACCGCUCGUUGUAUAGUGACGAUUUUGAGCUGUUCUGGCAGUCAUGAUGGCGUGUUCACAUCAUAUAUUCCACAUUAACUAGUUUUUUUCUUUAUUUUUCUCCCUUUUCUUAUUAAUUCUCAUGAUAUAUCACAUCUUCAUAAUGAUCUCUAGAGUAGGUCAAAUAUUGCACAGGUGGAGUAAAACGCAACCGGGGACAAAUAGUUACACAGAAAUUCAAAGUUAGAGAGAAAAAGAAAAAAAGAAAAAAGGAAAAAGAAAUAGAUGCAUUCAUUACUGUAACCCCUAACUUUAAAUGAGCUUUUUGGUCCUUGAGUUUCCCUGGAGUGUAAAUAUAAUGUUAAUGAGCACUGACUAGAGAACAGUCUAUCGACUUUUCUCAGCUGAUGUCCACUUUUAAUGUUUUGUUCGAUUUGUGAAUGCUAUCUUUUUUCUGAUGACGACUCCAAUUAAGUUCA